GCACAUUUACAUCAAUGCUUUGUUACUCUCAUAUGCUGAAAGCGAGAGGUGUUCCCCAUUGUGAAGAGCGAUGUAACCACCUGCUGCCUUCUCACUGAUCCAAUGGAGAUCAGGUUGGCUCUAAACCAAGUGUCAUGUGUGCACGUAAAUUUGUGGCUCACGAGAGUUCAGUGACUACUGAGCAUCAUUCUUUCUGCUUGUAAAAGAGAACAGGAAGGGCAUCAUUAAACAGACCAGGUGACUGCUGCUCUUGGCAUCUCUCAAAGGUGCUGUUUAUCAGCACUAACUAAAUAAAUCGGUUGAUUCAGUUGUACCUACAUUGCAAAUUCAAUAAUUACUUUUUAUUUUCGGUUUUGGGGCACUUUCAUAGAUGAGAUAGGGAUACUGAACAGUCCAAAUAAGACCAAAUACACUUAAAAGUGUUUCAAAAGUUCUGUGACUCAGCUACAUGUUAUCCAAGUGUUAUUUAUUCAGUGUGCAGAAACUGUAGUGUCAUGGUUGCCUUUUUGAGUCAGCACCUAAUUACCCCAUUGGUUGUAGCACUGGGAUUAACUGCAUGUCCACUCUAGUCUUACUUACUUGGCCACCAGAGGUUGAGAUGCUACCUUCCAAAGUUGAUUCUGACCAUCACCUAAACUUCGGGCAACACUGUGGAGUUAGUUCACAGGAGGAAACUAAAGUCUUUAAGUUUUAACAGCUCUCACUGGCCUAUCCUCAUAGCAGAGCAAUUGAAAAUACUUUCCUUUGAAUAAAUAAAGAGUUUUUGUUGUUUAGGUUAGCAGUCUUUUAAAAUUGUUUUCAAGAAAAGUAGGCACCAGCACUACUUAGCUUUAAUUCAAAUUGAAAUCUGGAACCAGAAUCCCAUCUAAUGACACUUCCUGUGCUUUCCAGAAGUGUUUUCAAGCCAGCCUGCUGAUCUUGGGGUGCUGGUGCACAAUGUACAAAUUAGUGAGAGGAGGAGGGAGCGCCAGCUGGGCCUGUGGGAUAGGGCCAUGCACAUUUUCAUGUUCGCUCCUUGUUCCAGUCGGUAUUUUCCUCCCAUCCCAAUUCUUUACAGGUUGUUACGGGGGGGGCAGAAUGUAGUUAGUUUAUGUUAAGCCAGCCAAUCAGACGUUCUCAUAUUAUUUUUUUCUGUUUUAAAAAAAAAAAAAAGGUCCAGAUUUUAAGUGUAUGGAUGUAAAAGAAAGUUGGGUGGCCCUCCUCCUGGCCUGGAUGUUGUUUGAAGCUGCAGGAGCAGAGCUGCUCCGUCCCCACUUCAACAUUAGCUGGAAAAACCCCGCAUUUUCUCAGAGCAGAACACACCUGCUAAACAGUUUAGAAUAACUAGGCACAAAUUAUGUCUGAAUGUCUACUGUCCAAUACUGUGGUCACUGGCCACAUGUAGUUAGUUGUUGAUCAGUCACACUGGUCAUGGUUCACGUUCUCAGCAGCCACUCGUGGCCCAGGACCACCCAGGGCUGGACAGUUGCGCCUGUGCUGCGCUCCCCCAGACGACGCUGGUCUACAGUUUCACUCCAGAGAGGAAAGCCUCGCCAUCAUGUGUAGAUCUUACAGCUUAGAAACAGAGCGCCCAGGAGAUAAAAUUAAGAGGAAAACAUGUAUUUAAAAGUUUACAGUGUUAAAUUACAUAUGCCGAGCCACAACUUUUUGAACUACAAAAAUGACAGUUUCACAUAAUUUGAUCUACUGUAUCAGUACAUUAACAUCACAUGACAUUGAACUAGAAACGUGCAUCUCCUCUGACCUCACUCCUAUGAAUCCAGUCUCUUUUGCUUAGAAGAUACACAGCUGGAACUUCUAACAUUUGCACUUAGAUCACUAGUCUCUGCGUGGGCAGCAGUUGUAACUCCAACAAGAAAGCCUCUGGCAGUGUUGAUGGAGGAAAAUGGCCUUUCUACCAAAUGGAACUUACAACAGACUAGACUGCUUUGUUGGGGAAAGUGGUCCUCACACAGGCAACACUGUUGGCUUAAGAGAUGAACACACCUCCUCUCUUGAACUUUGCAGUGUUUUUCUCUCUUCAUUUUACUAAAGCAGACAUGCCUGAAGGAUACCAUGAAGGUUCUCUGGAAAAGCGACUGGACCCAUGUGAACUGUGCACUAGAACACCAAUGAUGUAAAUGUGCCUAUUUGUAUUUUGAAAAUUUAACUGUGCAGCCUUACCACGCCUCUUUCGAAAGCUGACCUUCGUGCUCUUCAGGGCUGUUCCCUGGUGCCGUGUCGUCUCGAGCACGUGUGUGGCUUCCCACUCAGAGAGCAGUGCUGAGGCAGGGCCUCGCGCUGAGUCACAGGGCUCCUCGGAACAAAACUUCCUCAGAAGUCCUCCCACACAGGUGGGUGAUAGAAACAGUUUGUGGCAACACAAAUCUCUCUCCAUGGUGGAGAAAACCUUUGCUUAUCCACUGUGUUCUACUCAGUGUCUAGUGAUGACAGAUGUAAUGGAAUUAAACCAGUCAAGGGUAUGGGCCCCGGUUAAGUGUUCAAUGUGUAUCUCACCUCUGGAACCUACUCAGCAGCUUGGUUUCUAGGGUUGGGGACAUAUUUAUUUCUUAAAAGCCAAACCUCUCCUUCAUUGGUUUAGUGUGUGUACAUAUGUCUAUUUAGAUACACUUGUCCCAUUUCCACCUCUACCGUCCCCUGAACUCUCUCACGUUCCCUUUGUAGCUGAAGUGGCCUCUUCCUGUGAGCCCUGGACAAGCUCCUGAGCAAAGUCUGUUUCUGCAGCCAGGAACAGAUAAGAGGGGACCAGAGCGUGGCCGCAGGAGGGUGCCCACAGCGCAGGAAGGAGUGGGAGUGGGUGGCGGUGUGCUGUAGUCUGUGCGUCACCUCGCUGGGUGAGGACCUUCCCCCUCAGGUCUGACUGCGACGGACUUCAGACUGCCCUCUGCAAGUGUUGGUUGUGUGAGAGGUAAUCAUUUCCACUGAAACCUAAUCUGUAUGAUGCUGAGAGGAUUACUUGUGCAAGUGACUGAUUUAAGUUGUAAUCACAGCCUUUUGCUGUUUGACCAACCUGAACUGUUUAUGGAAAGUAUCAUUAAAGAUCUGGUCUCUUCCCUUUUGACUAUUAUUUCUGAACCUCUUUCAGUGGAGCAAAGUUAAGUGAUGAUGUACUUGCUCAAGCCAAGGGCCUUUGGAAUGAAUCAUCAGGUAGUAGGUUUCUACGAACCCCUCACCGCCUGGGGCUGCUGGGCACUUGGGCCCAGACAGAAGGACCUGGAGGGCAGGGUUGGUGGCAGGCCAGGCCGUCCAGUGCCGCAUCAGGUCCCAAGGGAGCUCACCCGCACUGUGUGACUUCGUCCUGUCCUUCCUUGUGACACUGAUUUUAUAAGAAUGAGGUCUGCUUGCCUCCGUCAGAGCCGGGCUGCCCUGAGGAACCAGGUUUGGGGCUCUGACCAAAGGAUCAAACAGGGAAACAAGUGCCACUGUUAAAAAGAGUAAAUACCUGCUUUACAGUAAGCUCCUAUAAGAACCACCCUGUGUCCACACCCAUUGUUUUUCUGUGUUACUCAUUUGCCUGUUUCUAUCAGUUUUCUAAAACUGAAGACAAAGACGCCUGCAGCCCAAAUGGUUUUACCUCCAGUUCUCGAAUCGCACAUUUCCUUUUGGCAGCCAUGCUGGUCUGAGGCUGUGGAGGUGCCGAGCUUCAAGGGGCAGAAAGGGAGGAGCUUGGAGGAACAGCUGUCAGAACACCCAGCGGAGAGCCACAUUCCUCCCUGCAAGCAGGCAUGCCUGUGGACCCACCCUAUAUUCCAGGGUGCCUCCUACUACCCCAUGUGAGGAGCAGCGAAGUGGCCCGGCUCUGCCCAUAUUUGCUGCUCAAGCAGAGCUGUGGACGUGCAGCUUGGGACACAAGGAACAAAAUGACUCUCCCCUGUGGCUGGCAGGCUUACACUACUCUGCCUCUAAGAAGGUGAAAGAACCAACUACUUCCAGGGAUCAGCCCUCUAAAAAGUGUUGGUUUGGAAAGGAUUCAGGAGGGAAAUCCUAAAGGCUUUCCAGUAAACCCACCUGUGGUGCAGCAGUACCUUUUGAAUAAGUUUAACUAGAGCCCAAAGAGGGACUCUGGCUGUCAGCUGUCAUUUGAACAACUGAUGUGAUUAGUGUGAAAUAUCUUAGUAACCCUUUCCUUGAGAAAUACAUCUUGCUUUUGGCUGUUUCUUGAUGUAUGCUGUUUUUAAGAAAAGUCAUGCUUUCCACUUGACCCGGGCAGUGGUGGGGUAACCCAGGCACAGGGGACCACAGAGACUGGCUCCUCAAAGCAAGGGAGCUGGCCACAAUGGCUUUCUCCCUUGGGCUGCAUUCUGCUUUUACAGGCAAAGCUGCACCAGGUCUGACCCAGCCUCAGUUCCAGAAGAAGGUCCUGGCAUAUGUGCUUCAUCCACACAAGUGGAAACAGUAUUCCCAUCCUUCCCAUUCUAAUUAUGUGGGAAAAAGAACAAUAUAACCACGGAGGUGGUGUUUCCUGGUCAAACAGAGAAGAAAAUGGUUCUCACUACUGCAGCCCCUAAACCAAGCAAGACAUAGGAGACACAGACCUAGGAGCUCACAGGACGGGAAAUACAGCAGGGUCUGGUGAAGGACUGGGAGCGAAGCGGUACUAGAAAAUGAGCCCACAAAUUAAGGAAUCUCAGUUUUGUGUUAGGAAGGGAGAACUCAUGAAUAAAACCUCCAGGCAAUUUACCUGGCAGCUUAACUGCCAGGAACUAAAUUACACACAUUCACAAGGAGGAUGUGAGGCUGGUUUACAGGGCAAGAGUAAAACACUUCAACUUAUAAUUGCUUCAAGUAGUUUUGUGUUAAGAGUUACUUCAUCCAUCCUGGCACUUUGGGAAAUAUAGAUUAGAUACAGCAGGACACAUAAUUGGAAAAAUGUAAAGCCAAGUAAACGAGUUUACACACAUACACACAGAAGAACCCUGGAGAGACAGAAGCUACUUAACACAAAGCUUUUAUGAAAAAGCUCAGGGUAAAAACAACUGGGAAAUCCCUCUGCCUGGAGGGGAGCAGCAGGAUUUGAAGGUAGUUCAGCCUAGGCUGGAAACCAUCACUAUGGAACAAAAUAACACAGAAAAGGGGCAUCGACCGUGGCUUCUGCUUACACCUCCAAGCAUAAAACCACAACCUUUAGCUUUUUAUAGACAGCAGGCUUCUUCCUAUUGAAAGUAGAGCCGAAGACUCAUACUGAUGUCCCAGGAAAUAAAACCAGAUACUAUUUACAAUUAAAGUCCCUCCCAGUGAGUAGAGAUUGCAAGCCCGGACAAAGGUAGUCUAGCCAGUACCUCGAAUGAAAAUGCCAAAAGAGCUCUCUGCCUAACACCAUUGUCAGCUAAAAGGAAAGAAAUCCCCUUUAAGUAGACUACUGAACUUCAACAUGCUGAUUUUCUGCCAGGGUUUUCAAUUCCUCUAAGCAUAAGCCGAGCCACAGACUACCGCACGUAUGUCUGGGUCUGGGCUUCCCUCCUCCUCAGAGCGCCAGCACCAGUUGUUGGCCAAAAAUAAACACCAUUCUUCAGCCAUAUAUGUCCACCAGCCCAGAGCUGGGGAGGAGCAGCUGCAGGCAGGUCGGGUCCCUGGGCUGCAGCCACAUCGGUGUGGCCACUGCGGACCAUGCACAUCACCCAGCUCAAUCGCGAGUGCCUGCUGCACCUCUUCUCCUUCCUGGACAAGGACAGCAGGAAGAACCUUGCCAGGACCUGCCCCCAGCUCCAGGACGUGUUUGAGGACCCUGCACUCUGGCCCCUGCUGCACUUUCGUUCCCUCACAGAACUCAAGAAGGACAACUUCCUCCUGAGCCCGGCGCUCAGGAGCCUCUCCAUCUGCUGGCACUCCAGCCGCGUGCAGGUGUGCAGCAUCGAGGACUGGCUCAAGAGCGCCCUCCAGAGGAACAUCUGCAGCCGGCACGAGAGCCUGGUCAACGACUUCCUCCUCCGGGUGUGCGACAGGUGCCCCAACCUGGCAACCGUCACGCUGUCUGGCUGCGGCCACGUCACCGACGACUGCCUGGCGCGUCUGCUGGUUUCCUGCCCGCGCCUGCGCGCGCUGCACCUGGAGAACUGCGCGCGCGUCACCAACCGCACGCUGACGGCCGUGGCGGCGCACGGGCGCGCGCUGCAGACGCUGCACGUGGACUUCUGCCGCAACGUGAGCGCGGCCGGCCUGAGGCGCCUGCGCGCCGCGUGCCCGCGCUUGACGGUGCGCGCCGAGCAUAGCGCGGCCAUGAUCCCGGACCAGCUCCCGCGCGGCCCGCACGCGCCCGGCGCCGCCCUCCGCAAGUUGCUUCUGCGCUAGGCCGGCAGGACACCGGCCCCAGGUCUCCGGAGGAGGGAGCUACUUGUGUUGAACGCCAGCUCCUAGACAGCCACAACAUCCUCAGCCAAGACUCGGAUACGAGCGCCUAACCCAUAUUACGAUUUUAUACAUCGGCUGAGUGCGAGAUUUGGUGGCCGGAUGCUUGGAAAACACUCGAUUGUUUCUCGUUAAACACCAGCACACUUUUCUGUGUCCCCUGCGCACCGGGUUCUCCACUUGGGCUCUAUCUCAUCCUUCGCGGCUGAGACUGCAGCUGCGGGGAGGGGAGGUGGUGGGGAUGUCUUAUAUCACCCCCCCGUGGGGAAGUGUGGCCAGCCGGAGCUCCCCAGGGGUGUGUAAGGGACAGCCCUCUCCCCAACCCCUCCUUGCUGCGCCAGAGGGAGGAGGGGUAGAACCCUGAGCCGUGGUUUCCACCGAGCCUUUGCUAGUGCCAACUCCCAACUCGCUUUGAACGAUUCUAGGAAAUUCUCGUUGAUGUGCUUCUUUCAUAAACUGCAGCUAUGCUUGUUUUCUACCGUUUUCCCAUCCAUCAUAAACGAAGAAAAUAAUUUGACAGUCCCAAAGUAAAGACAAACACAAAAGCAGCAGCCCUGGUUAAAUCUUUGGUUAACGAAACCAUUAAAAGCGAAUGCAAAGUUAAA